AUGAAAAAGGCAAAGCUUUUGCCUCUGUUUCAAAAAAAAAAAGAUAAUAGCACAACAGGAAAACUAUUCUCAUUGGUGUGCAGCAGACAAACUAUUUUGGAAGAUGGCACGGCUCACAGGAUCGACACGCUCAAGGCGGCGCUUGCAGGGCGGCACUCACGGCCGAGCAGCGAACCCAGCUACCGACCAGAGGGCACCAAGGCCUCAUCAUUCACAUAUGACCAGGACGGCAAAGAGCGUGCUGUGGCCGAGAUCAAUUUUCUCAGCCUCACGGACUAUGUGGGCCCCAAGCAGAAGACCGGCUGGGGAGUGGCCGCUCUAUCGAGCGGCAAGAAGACCAUGUAUACCUUGAUGAAUGUCCCGCAAAUGCUGAAUAGCAACCAGAGCUUUGUCCCAUACAGGCAGAGCAAAGUUACUCGUAUUCUGCAAGACUCUUUGUUCAAGACGAGCGGGGCUGUGGUGAUUGCCUGCUUGGAAGAAGUUCGUGCAGUCCAAAAAUCGAAGGCGUGCGUGCGUACAAUCCAAAAAUCGAAGGCGUGCAGUGCAGUAGAGCACCAAAGCAGUGUCCAAAAUAGCCCCCUCGAUCCCGUCUAUCUGCCGACGACAACUACUCACAUGGCGCUGCUUCCUGGAUAUGCCAUGCAGUUCGGCAGCAUGGUCGUGCAGUCCGAGGCAUGUGUUGUCAUGGAUCGCGGGCGUGGGCAUGCAGUGCGGCGCAUGGGGUGCGUGCAGUGCGGCGCGUGGGUGUGUGUGCAGUGCUCAACGAUGGCCAUGGAGCACCGAACGACAAACACGACCUCCCCACCACUGUGUCGAUGGCCAAACUCGGAGGAACCCCCUCUGCAGUGCGGUUCUAGCUGUUCUUGCAUCGGUCAAAAGGGUGAAGAAAAGCCGGGGUCAAUGCCACUUUGCCGCUUGCAGUGCAGUUCAUCUCGUGUGUGCGUGCAGUGCAGAGGAGGACAUGUGCUUGCAGUUGAGAGCGUGUGUGCGUGCAGUGCACCCGUUUUGGUCCACUUAUUCAUUUUUUUGUACAAUAGAGAGAAAAACAAACACAUUAGAAGUUUGUUUACUUUUCAUUAUACUUCAUCCCAUCUGCAUCACUGGUGUCUUGAAUAA